CAGGCUCGACACCUUGGAUGGAAGUCUUGGACUCGACUCCUGGCUUACAUGGUCCACACUUUAUCCCCUCCCUUCUCUGCCACCACCUUGUCCUGCUCUCCUGUGCAGAGCGGUCGGUUACGAGAAGCAGACUUAACAGCCAAGCAGAUAAAGCUUAGAAAAGCGCAGAGUGCGCCUCAUCGGGAUCCACCAUGCUGCAACGAACGCUUCUCCGGUCAGCUACCUCCUCCUCUGCUGCAUCUUCCAUUGCUUGCUCAUCGAAGGCACCGGUCCUUCGGCGACAAGCGCUUGGAAUGAAGGCCGCCCAUAUUAUUUCAGCUCGUUCUCUAGCGACAUCAUCGCGCGUCAUGAGUAACGCUACAUCCUCGUCCUCGACUAAUGCGACCUCGCUCGUGCCACCCCCAUCCCCACUGCCGCUACAGGCUCCAAAUGCACAGCAGGAGCAACAUGCAUUCGACAAAGCCUGUCAGGAUGUGCAGGCUUGGUUCGACAGUCCUCGCUUCAAGGGAAUCAAGCGGCCAUAUGGCCCAGCCGACGUCGUGUCGAAACGAGGAACCAUGCCUGUACAACCACCACAAUCCUCGCUCCUCGCAGACAAGCUCUUUUCUAUCCUAUCCAAGCACGCCGCUGAAGGUACACCUUGUCACACUAUGGGCGCCAUCGAUCCUGUGCAACAAUCACAAAUGGCAUACCAUCAAGAAGUCGUCUACGUUUCUGGAUGGGCGUGCUCGUCGGUGUUGACGACCUGCAACAACGAGGUUGGCCCCGACCUGGCCGACUACCCUUACACCACUGUACCUAAUCAGGUGCAGCGACUAUUCAAGGCACAGCUUCACCAUGACCGGAAGCACUGGGAUGAGCGAUGCAGCCUCAGCAAGCAGGAGCGUGAAACGACCCCCUGGGUCGACUACCUCAAACCGAUCAUUGCAGAUGCCGAUACGGGUCAUGGUGGACUCAGCACCGUGCUUCGUCUGGCCAAGCUCUUCGCCGAACACGGUGCGGCUGCGAUCCAUCUCGAGGACCAGUUGCACGGCGGUAAGAAGUGCGGUCAUCAGGCUGGCAAAGUUCUCGUUCCCAUCUCAGAGCAUGUCAACCGCCUGACUGCCACGCGUCUCGCUUGGGAUGUGCUAGGUGUUUCCAACCUCGUCAUCGCGCGCACAGACUCGGAGAGUGCCAAGCUCAUCUCUUCGAACAUCGACUACAGGGACCACGCGUUCAUCAAGGGCGCCUACAAUCUGCCCGCAGGGACUUUGAGUCUCGCAGAGGCGCUGGCGCACGCAGAGGCAAGCGGGAAAACCGGCGCGGAGGUCGAUGCGGUCGAAAAAGCGUGGAUGGACCAGUGCGAGCUCGUCACGUUUGACGAGGCGGUGGCCCUUCACAAUGUCGGCAACGAGUCGGGUAUUCAGGAAUACAAGCAGCGGAUCGCAUCCUCCGAUGUUGCCGUGUCCAAUCUUAACGCACGCACCGUCGCAGCGGAGGUCUUUGGAGGCGAGAAGGGUGUACCGAACUGGUGCUGGAACCUACCGCGUACCAAGGAGGGAUACUACCACUUCAAGGGUGGCGUCGAGGCCGCCAUCACUCGCGUCAAGGUCUUUGCGCCAUACAGCGACAUGCUCUGGCUGGAGACCAAGAUACCAGACCUUAAGCAAGCGCAAGGCUUUGCAGCUGACAUCCACAAGGACUUCCCCGGCAAGUGGCUCGUGUACAACCUCUCGCCCUCGUUCAAUUGGUCCGCACACGGCUUCUCCGACGCAGACCUCAAAAAUUUUGUCUGGGAUCUUGCCAAGAGCGGCUUUGUCCUGCAGCUCAUCUCGCUUGCUGGGCUGCACUCUGGCGCGACGAUCACUGCCGAGCUCAGCAAGGCGUUCAAGACGGACGGCAUGCUAGCGUAUGUCAACCUGAUCCAGAGGAAGGAAAAGGAGGUUGGCACGGAUGUGCUCAAGCAUCAGGCUUGGAGCGGCGCCGCGUACACUGACCGCAUGCUCCAGACAAUCAGCAGCGGUACCUCGGGGACCAGUGCUAUGGGCAGUGACAGCACCGAACACUCAUUCUGAGCACUCCGGGCGGAAACUGUAUUAUAGUCGUUUGCGACAGUCCAAAGCGUCCAUCGCGUAAUAUCCAG